UUUUCCAUAGAGCAAUUUAGCGCCGUCGCCCCUUCAGCACAAACAAAAAUGGCGGACGUUGACAAGUGGAUAGCGAUAGCCAAGGAGUGCAAAUACCUGCCCGAAAGUGACCUUAAGAAACUGUGUGAGUUAGUAUGUGAGUUACUAUUAGAAGAAGGUAACAUUCAGCCCGUGUCCAGUCCCGUCACUGUGUGCGGAGAUAUCCAUGGCCAGUUUUACGACCUGGAGGAGCUGUUCAGGACGGGAGGACAGGUCCCCGACACGAACUACAUCUUCAUGGGUGACUUCGUGGACCGGGGUUACUACAGCCUGGAGACCCUCACCCGCCUCCUCACACUCAAGGCGAAGUGGCCUCACAAAAUCACACUCCUUCGGGGGAAUCACGAGUCGCGGCAGAUCACCCAAGUUUAUGGAUUUUACGAUGAGUGCCAGAAUAAGUAUGGAAAUGUGAAUGCCUGGAAGUACUGCUGCAAAGUGUUUGAUCUCCUAACUAUAGCUGCUAUCAUAGACGAUGAAAUAUUGUGUGUGCAUGGAGGCUUGUCACCUGAGAUUAACACGUUGGACCAGAUCAGAACAAUUAACCGAAACCAGGAGAUUCCUCAUAAAGGUGCCUUCUGUGACCUGGUAUGGAGUGACCCUGAGGAGAUUGACUCAUGGUCCAUGUCGCCGCGGGGAGCUGGCUGGCUGUUUGGUGCGUCUGUCACCCAAAAGUUCACUGAGACCAACAACCUCAGGCUCAUCUGUCGAGCCCACCAGCUGGUGAACGAAGGCAUCAAGUACAUGUUUGACAGCAAGCUGGUGACGGUGUGGUCAGCUCCAAACUACUGCUACAGAGCCGGCAAUGUGGCCUCCAUCCUCUGCUUCACCUCCACAACUGAGAAACAGGCCAAGCUGUUUGAUGCCGUACCAGAUGACAAGAGAGUCAUUCCCCCGGUCCACACCACUCCAUACUUCCUCUGAAGGAGCUGCACACCCACAACCAAGUGUAAGUUGUGUAUAUUUCUUGACGGUGUUUUCAUCCUGCCUCUACGUAUGAACGGGUAUGUGGUUGGGGGUUCCCCUAGUGAAGCCAAUGAAGAUUGUUUCCAGAAAAUUUUGUCGGUUGGUGGGCUGAGCUGCCAGCCAAGUGUCGGUAGAGCUUUCCUGCUUGCCUACUGGUGUGUGGGGCAGAACCUUGAUUGACAAACACAUGCACUUGUUUUUAUGUAGUGUCAAGUCAGAAUUGUAUUGUAACGAGUUAUAAAAAUCUUUAUAAGUAUUGUUUGUAAGAUUAUUAUUAUUAUUGUAAUACCACUCAGGCCAACAGCCACUUACUCUGUCUGUGGUAGCCAAUCAUUUUGUAUACCACAUAAACCAUGUCAGAGGUGCCUGAUGAUCACGGAAUCCACACAAAGAUGAACCACACACAAUACUGUCGUAAAUAAUAGAUGAUCAUUACCUUACACCCUUACUCUAGGUACUAUUAAGUUUUUCAUCGUUCACCUACUUGAUCAAGGUUCUGCUGGGCACUCACAUCACACAAUCAAGUCCAUGUCAACCAGAAAAAAAAGGAAAAAAAAACAAGCCCAAAAUAACCGUUGCCAUAGUUGUACAUGAAAGGCUGGCGGCCUGUUUUAAGUGUGGUGGCUGCUGUUUGUGAUAUUAUUUACUGGGGAAAUCUCAUAAUCACAAGAGUCAGUUGAAGAAACAAAGGGUCUUUCACAACAGCCCCCAAGACUUAACAUAAUGUUCCAGGCGGAGGUCUUGUGCCUUGGUGCUCGGAUGAGAUGGAAAGAUACGCGUGAUUACUGGGCAGCAUCCGAGCAAAAAAAAAAGGGGGAGAUAAACAGAAAAUUUGACUUUUUUGAGCAGUUAAUGGAAGUGGAGUUUUAAAUUUGAUUUUAAUACCCACCCCUUUAUUCCUCACUCCCAAUUAUUUUCCAUAUAUUUUUUUUCUCUCCCCAUUCAUGUCUUUAUAUAGCCAAUGAAACUUGAUCUCUCAUUUCAAGAUUGUCAGAAGGAAGAAAGAAUAACAAAGUGUGUUUGACAUGAGUGAAUUGAGGUCCUGAGAUCCAGCUGUUAUUUAAUGGUGCUGAAAGAUACAAUUUUCCACACACACAUCACACAUACACACACACACACACACACACACACACACACACACACACAUGCACACACCCAACACAGAAACUGAACCAGCUCACUCAACUGAUGCAUUCGUGGUGUUUUCAUUCCUAUUGAAUCAAGCACUGAGCCAGUAGUGUUUAUCUUUUCCUCGUGUCAUUCAAGGAAUACAACACUUGCGUAUGUAUAUGGUUUACUUCUUAGUGCAAUAACGGUUUGCAUUUACAGCUCAAGAAAACCAUAUGCAAUGAUGCUUACUCCAAGAACCUGUAUUCUCUUGUAUGUUAAAAAAGAAGAGUAGUAAUAAUGAUAAUAAUGUCAUCAAACCAGGAAUAACUUAAGCUGAUCAAACAGGAAGUGAAAUAAAAAGUAAAUUGAAGAUGUGAUAGAAGAGGAAGAAAAAACAAACAUACAAUGAGAAACUGGUGAAAGUAUUAAGCGUGAGGUUGACAUAUUUACACUGGAUGCUGGUGAUUUCCGUCUGUCUGUCUGUGUGUCUGUCUUGUCUGCCUGUCUUUUGGGGGCAGGAACAGAGGCCAACUGACCAGGGAGGGGGAUUUGGGACACCUCAUUGCUGAAGAUUUGCACAAAAAAGGAAAAACAUGCAUUUGUGGCACAUUGACCCUAAUGAGAGAGAAAGAGAUAACAUCUGUUCUUUUUUUCUCUCUCUGGGGUCUGUGCCGACACUUGCAUUGCCUCUACACACACACCUUUACCUGCUUGAGUAUUAAUGACAGUUUUUGAAAAUAUGACCAUUCAUCGACAUCUUUUUGUUUAGUUUUUGCUUUUUCCCCAGAUUUCUUUCUUAACCAUUCCCUUUUUUCUCCAUUUCAUUUUCAUGAAGUGUCUAAUCGCAGUGUACUCUGUGUUUUCCUAAAGUUUGUAUUUCCUCUUUUCUUUUUCAUUUUUUCAUUGAUUCUCUGACAUUUUCUUAUUUGUUUUAGUGAUGUUUGAGGUAGUGGAACAUAGGACAUGUGCAAUUUUAAUGUCAGUUAAUUUUGAUGCAUUUCACUCAGUUUUUAUCUUGUUCAUCCAUUUCUUUAGACCCAAUAUUCAUAAGGAAAAAUGAAUGAGAAAAUAUGCAUUUGCUGGAGGAGCGUUGAGAAGCAGGAUUAUCAGAUCAAAACGAAUUUAGUAAAGUAUUGUAGGAGUGUCGGCAGUCCUGGGCAGUGAUAUCAAAAGAGGUGAAGGCCUGUGUGUGUGUUUGUCCUUCCCUCACAGUCAUGUACACGUUGUCACAGCCCAGGAAUGUUUAGGAUGAAAGAAUUUUAGUUGUUGAGAAAGUCCAGCUCACACCGUUGUAAGUGACUUCUUUGGCAAUCUCUGUGUCUCGGGUAGUAGUUUGGUAAGUGCCUACGUACAUCACCCUCUGUGGAGAGCGUAUGUAGUCACGUUGUCAAUAGUAACCAAGGAACACAGAGUUAGUGGUGAUCUCCAUAUGUGAUGUAACUUCUUGUGAUUCAGCUUAGGAAGAACUCAACAACUUGUGCUGUGUAUGUAUUUCUCACCGAUUUAAGGGAGAAAACUGGUACUACAUGUCUUUGUAGGUAGUGAAGUAAUCUAUUCCCAGGUAACUGAUAUGAAACGUAGGUAUUGUACAGAGCCCCUCACCUGAGUCACAAAGAAUACAAGUCAGUGGGUGCAGGUAACAGGGUCCCACUCGCUACUAAGAAAUUGGUGCUAAGCAAGCCAGAUAUAUACUCGAGCUCAAUAUAUCUCAAAACACUUAUUCAGGGCCUUAAUUUUAUGCGGUGGAAGGAAAGAAAAUGACAAAAAAAAUUUCAGCUAGCAAACCCAAAGUAUUUAUAUUGUAUAGGAAGGUUAAUGAAUGAUGUUUUGUUUAUUUUGAGUCAAGGUUGCCAUUCUUUUGAAAACGUGGAUAUUACGAGACUGUUCAGCAUCAUUUUUGGGUAUGCCAUCUUCCAGGUGUUUUUAAGUAGGUGAGUGGCUACCAGAAUAGCUAGCCACAUUUUUGUCUUGAAACCUAUCACUUUCGUAUGUUUACACCUGUCUGUUCUUCUGUCUGUCUACCUGCGUGUCUGUCUGCCUGUUUCUCCAUGUCUCUGAACUGAUGCCCUGUUCACUUCUACGGGGAAUAACCACAACAGAAAGUGCCCAACUAGCCCUAUCCUGGCAAUGACCACUUCUCUCCUCCCUCCCUCACACUCACUCAAACACACACAUGCACACACAUUCACACAUUUCCACCAUGUCUUCCCUGCACAUAGGUAGCCUCCCACCCCCACCCUCCCUCUCCCCCUGCAUCUCACCCUUUCACCAGGCUGAGAAGAUUUGCUUUUAUUCAGUUUAUAUACUCGAGAGCUUGUUAAUUGCCUGUAGUAAUGGUUUUUGUUUAUUAGAGUUGGUGUUUUAAUAAAUUUCAUGGGCUUGCUUAUUUUUUUAUCUUUUUUGUAUUGGUUGUGGUCUCAUGGAAAUGUUCUCAGCCUGGCCUUCAAUCUUCCUGUUGUAUACUUUAUGUAUAGUCAGUGAGGAAGGUCAGUUGCCCUCUAAGGCCCCCUUGCCCAUGUUAAGAUAGACAGGAGGUUCAUCUUCAUCCACUGACUGUUACUGUGAUGUCACUAUUACCUGUGUAUUCUAGUUUUACUCAAAUUCCCAAACCAACAGUAGUCUGUGAUUGUCUUCAACAUUUCAAGAGAACUUUUAGUAAUUAACAGAAGAAAAAACAAAUGUUUCUUAAUAAAGCUUUUGACAUGUUUAACUCUUCCUCAUUCAUUCCUCUAUUGUUAAAGUCUAUAUGUAGAGUUCAAUAUGACAGAAAUACAUAUUUUUUUUAGCCUAUGUUUUGCAGGCACAUAUAAGGUACAAAGUAUUAGACUGUAUUAAUUUAUGGGUAACCAAAGAAAUACCGGUAACUCAAGACUUUCCCUCAACACUGUGUAACAUCUUGCAUGCCCAUUUUUGUUGUGUCCGGGAAAGUGGCAAAGGUUUAUCAUUGUUAUUAUAUGAAGACUGUACAUCCGCUAUGCACAAGUAUAUUUAAUUGAUUUGAACUGUUAAUUUGUGUUUUUUGUGAAACAAGCAGCUAAUAUUUGGCUUUUUAAUGUAACAGUUCUGUGUAGUUGCUUUAAAUAUGUUAAUUUAAUCACCUUAUUAGUAUACUCAUUGAAAGUUGUGAAAUUAAUCUCUAUUGAUCAAUACUGUCUAGUUUGCAGAUGAAAGACUUAUUGUUAGUUUUAGACAAAGUGCUGUUGCCAUAUAGCAGCUAGUGUUUGGUUAUGAUAAAUUUAUUACUUCUUAAGUUACUCUCACACCCGAAUCAUGAUGUGAUGCAUACUUUUACUUGGAAUAGAGUAUCAGUUGUAAAUACAUUUCAUCAAGAACAGAAAUGAGUGUAAAGUUUGAAGUAAAGUACUUUGAACAUU